AAUCACAACCAAAACGUAUUCAGCUUUCUGGCAUGUAGUUGCAGCCUUUGAGAACUGGGUACAAAGAAUCGAGAGCGUGUAUGGGGAACUUAUUGUUUACCAUCAAUAUAAACCUAAAGGAAUUUACAACUUUUGCAGUUUGCAACAACUCUUUUUCUUUUGUCGAUACUCUUUGACCGGCAUCAGGAUGAUGAAGUUUAGGUUCAGGAGGCAGGGCAAUGAUCCCCAGAGAGAGAAAAUCAAGCAGGACCUUUUUGCAUUUAAUAAGACUGUCGAGCAUGGCUUCCCCAAUCAGCCCAGCGCUGUAGCCUACGACCCCAAGCUGCAACUCAUGGCCAUUGGGACGAAAUCUGGAGCAGUGAAAGUCUAUGGAGCUCCCGGCGUGGAAUUCACGAGUUUCCACAAGGAACCCGCCACCGUCAUGCAGCUGCACUUCCUGCACGGACAGGGCCGCCUCGUGUCUCUGCUGGAUGACAACAUUCUGCACCUCUGGGAGAUAAACCCACGCCAGGGCGGCUCAAACCUGGAGGAGUUGUGCAGCUUCACCCUGCCGGGGCGCCCAGGCUUGGAGAGCACAAGUGCCACACGGGUGACCGUGAUCCUGCUGAAGCGGACCUGCGAUCAGCUGUGCCUGGGCACCGAGGGAGGGGGCGUGCACUUCCUGGAUCUGCCAGACCUCACCCUGCUAGACUCGCAGUCCCUGUUCCCGGAUGAGAUUUUACGGAGCGUCCCAGAGGACUACAAAUUUGGGAAGUCUUUGGGACCGGUGGAAUCCCUACAAGAGCAUCCCCAGUGUGCGGGCAAAAUGCUCAUCGGGUACAGCCGGGGACUGGUGGUGCUGUGGGAUCACGCCACCCGCAAGGUGGAGAACGUUUUCCUGGGUAUCCAGCAGCUGGAGAGUCUCUGUUGGGAGAGAAGCGGCAGGACCUUAGUCAGCUCGCACAGCGAUGGCGGCUACAUGGUGUGGCCCGUCGGCAGCUUCUGCACGCAGCAACCCACAGCCUCCUCCAUACCGUACGGCCCGUUCCCAUGCAAAGCCAUCAAUAAGAUCCUGUGGAGGACCACGGAAGCGGGCCCCCCCCUGGUGCUGUUCAGCGGGGGCAUGCCCAGGGCCAGCUACGGGGACAGGCACUGUGUCACGGUGCUGCAGGACAAGACCCAAGUCACACUGGAUUUCACCUCCAGGGUCAUUGACUUCUUCACCGUUCAUUGCGUGGAUGGUGAUGCAGAGUUUGAUGACCCCUCCGCCUUGGUGGUUCUGUUAGAAGAGGAGCUGGUCGCCAUUGACCUCCAGACGCCCGGUUGGCCUGCCAUCCCCUCCCCGUACCUCGCACCCCUGCACUCUUCUGCCAUCACCUGCUCCUACCACGUCUCCAACGUGCCUGUCAAGCUGUGGGAGCGCGUGGUCGCCGCCGGGAGGCGCCAGAACACGCCGUCACCGUGCAUGAAGUGGCCUGUUGAUGGGGGGAAGGACCUGGCCCCUGAACCGAAGCACAAUGGCCUGCUCCUGACAGGCCACGAGGACGGCACCGUGCGCUUCUGGGACGCCUCUGGGGUGUCUCUCAAGCCGCUCUACAAACUGAGCACAGCCAACAUCUUCCAGACGGACUGCGACCACGGCGACAGCCUGACGCAGCCUGAGGAGGAGUGGCCUCCCUUCAGGAAGGUGGGGUGCUUUGACCCAUACAGUGACGACCCACGACUGGGAAUCCAGAAGAUCUGUUUGUGCAAAUACAGUGGGAAGCUGGUGGUUGCCGGGACGGCAGGACAGGUUCUCGUGAUGGAUUUAAGUGAAGACGAGUCGGAUCACAUGAUCAACAUAGCCACAGUGGACCUCCUCCAGGACCGCGAGGGUUUCACCUGGAAGGGUCACGACAGGCUCACCCCCAACACCGGACCCGUCAGCUUCCCAGCCGGCUUUCAGCCAGUCCUGCUGGUGCAGUGCGUGCCCCCCGCCGCUGUCACCGCGGUGACGCUCCAUGCCGAGUGGAGCCUCAUUGCCUUUGGGACGAGCCACGGCUUCGGCCUGUUUGACUACCAGCGCCGCAGCCCGGUCCUCGCCAGAUGCACCCUCCAUCCCAAUGAUUCCCUGGCCAUGGAGGGGCCUCUUUCUCGUGUGAAGUCACUAAAGAAGUCCCUGCGCCAGUCCUUCAGAAGAAUCCGGAAAAGCAGGGUCUCUGGGAAGAAGCGCAUGAUAGCCAGUAGCCCGACCAGCAAGGUCCAGGAGGCCAAUGCCCAGCUGGCGGAGCAGGCCGGCCCUCACGACGUGGAGGUGACGCCGGUUCAGAGGCGGAUCGAGCCCCGCUCCGCUGACGACUCUCUCUCCGGCGUGGUCCGCUGCCUGUGCUUUGCAGACACCUACCUGAGGGAUGCCGGGCACCACGGACCCACCAUGUGGGCGGGCACCAACUCGGGCUCGGUGUACGCCUACGCACUGGAGGUACCCUCGCAGGAGAAGUUCUCGGAGCAGAGCGUGGAAGCCGUGCUGGGGAAGGAGAUCCAGCUGAUGCACCGGGCCCCCGUGGUGGCCAUCGCGGUCCUGGAUGGCCGGGGGAACCCGCUUCCGGAGCCGUACGAGGUGUCCCGCGACCUGGCCAAGGCUCCCGACAUGCAGGGCAGCCACUCCGUCCUCAUCGCGUCAGAGGAGCAGUUCAAGGUCUUCACGCUACCCAAGGUCAGCGCCAAGACCAAGUUCAAACUGACCGCGCACGAGGGUUGCCGCGUCCGCAAGGUUGCACUGGCGAGCUUCGUCAGCGUCUCGACGGAGGAAUACUGUGAGAACGGCCUGGUCUGCCUCACCAACCUGGGCGAUAUCCACGUGUUCAGCGUGCCCCUGCUGCGGCCGCAGGUGCGCUACGACUGCAUCCGCAAGGAGGACAUCAGCGGCAUCGCCUCCUGCGUGUUCACCAAGACCGGACAGGGUUUCUACCUUAUCUCCCCCUCGGAGUUCGCCCGCUUCUCCCUGUCGGCCCGGGUCAUCACAGAGCCCCGGUGCACCGUGGAGGUGGAGCGGGUGCGUGACACCCCUGCCCUCAGACCCUGCACGGCCGUGUCCCUGCAAUCCAAUGGCACACACAAGGGGCAGCCCUGUGGGGAUGGCCAUUCUCUAGGAGAGCUGGAAGAUGAAGGCCAGGCUGGACGGUCACCUGGCCUGGACUCACCCAACAGCAGCGGUGAUGUCACACUGGACACCACCGGGGACAUCACGGUGGAGGACGUCAAAGACUUCUUAAUGUCUGUAGAUGAAGCAGAAAAUAACCUGAGGAACAUUUCUGAGGAAGAUGGCCGCUCUCCAGGAAUUCUGAUCAGCUGAAGAGGCCCGUCUGACCGGUACUUUGGGAAGAAGCCUGGUGUUUGUGAAGAUGGCUGCCACGCCUAAUGAAACUGGACUGAAAAACUAAUAAUAAAACUGAAGUAGGACCCGCACUGCCUUCUGUGGGAUUUUGACAAACAAUGCAAGGACACAAACGCAUCAUCUGUGCCGAAAGGCAAUAAACACCAGCCCCCCUCCAUUCCCCCACCUGCUCACUGCCCCUGUCUGCCCUCCUGUCCCUCCGUCUGAUCUCACAAAACGUGGGUUCUUCCUGUUUCCACUAGAAAUGCCUUUGACUGUCAGUCAGAUGCCACGUCAGUCCAGUCCUGUGAGCAGACUGCACCUGGACCAAAUAAGGAUUCUGUCACGCUCACCCACGACAUCACGGCUGGUGCAUAAGCCGAUGCCAUACGGUCACGUCCACAAGCGAAGGUCAUUCGUGCAGUUAGACUGGACGUCAGUUGUAGUGAUGCUACCCCUGGAGUGUUUAAGUGCCCUGCCCAGUUCCCUUAUUCUCCACUCUGGUUAUGUUGUGGCCAAAGUCUCGAUGUUAGCUGCCAGUAAAAAUGAAGGGGAUUCAUAUAAUGUAAAAAUUGCUUUUUUGCAGUUUGAUAUACUGUGAUGUAUGAAGAAUCUGAAAGGUGUUAAAGUUGGACCCUGUGGGUUAUCAGCUGGUCAUUUCUCAUGUCGUUUGUUGUAUUGGAAGGACCAUGAAAUAGCCCUUAUCGUUUUCCCCUGUGAUUUGGUAAUAGUUGCCAUGGGUACAUUAACUGGGAUUUCCCCCCCUCUCUCCAUGCACUGAUGUGGGGGGGGGGAAAAAAACGCAAACUUCUGCAGAUGGACUGUUUUUAUACUGGAUCUGGACACGUGGUCGGAUUUUGAUAACCAGCCUUGUUUGUGGUUCGUUUAAAUGUUCUUCAUGAUAUUAGCAAUUCACACUUACUGGGGAUUACAUCUUGGGCCUGAUGAAUUAACAUAUUAUCUCUUUUCAGGCUCUUAAGUUGAGGUGUAGCUGUGUCAUUUAAUGAUGCACACAAUGUCCUGUUUUUAGAUAACGUGCCUCCUCAUUAGUCUGUUCACAGUAUUAACACUAUAGAUACUCUUUGUUUUUAAUUGAAACUGAUUCUAUAGUGCCAGGGUGUGAAAGCUCUAACUGUUUUGCCAGGUAUUAUCAAGCUAAAUGGUACCGUAAUAAGAAAACCGUAGCAGGUGAAGGAGGCUCCUUCAGUAAUGGAGGAGGGCAACAGAUAGGUUACUCUGGAAGUAUUUGACUCCAAGACAAACAGCCAGUAUAAACCGUUGGUAAAAUGUAGAUUAGAAGGAAAUAUGCUUGUAUGGUGACAUACAUGAAUGGUGGGUACAUUUCUGUCCAGUAUUUCUUACGAUUUACAAUAGGGGUAUAACUUUGGUCAGUGCAGACAGUGACCAGUGUCAGAUCUUUACAUCCAGUGGGGGUCUCUGCUCCUGGGUCUGUAGGGGUGAAAUGUAAUCAAACUUUUAAAUAUUUUUACUGUGUAAAAAGUCUACUUCCAUUGAACUGAUGUCAAACCUUGUUAAACCCCUUCCCUCUCAUCAGACCUUGGGUUGAUCACACUUGAGUAAAUGGCACUUUCACUUAUGCUUAGUGUUUUUCAGAACCACUUUGAAAGGGACCGUAAACUUAGUCUAAUUUAUACAUGUCGUGUUCAAUAUUUUUUUUCCUUAAAUGACAAAUGGACUUUUUAAAAUACUUUGCUGGCAACUAUCCUGUGAAACUUUUAAAAGUAGUUUACAUUUAAUUUGUGUGUUUUUUGUGUUCUCUCCCUCACAGAUUGUACCUGAUUUACUGAUAGAGCAUUAAGAAAUUGUUUGAUUUAAUGUCAAUAAAGCAUUUCCUGCCUAGCGUC